CUUUAUUUCUGGGCCAAACACAUCCGCAUCCGCAUUACAUCUUUGUAUGAGGUCGUGAUGGGACAGGGGCAAUCGCAGCAUGGGCCGCCUCCCACAAUUGAAGAGCUCUCCGCACAAUUAACACAGACCUUCGCAACCAAAUGCUACACGCCGCUGGAACUGUAUUGUUUUAAAGAGGUCUUCAAGAGUCUAGCCGACCACCAAUCGGACAUCAAGUACUGGUCUGAGGGCACACUAUGCCGCUUCCUCGAGCUGCCUGAUGCCUUGAAUGUUGGUGCCGUCAUCUUUCAGCUAGCGAGCUAUUUGGGCGCGUUUCCCUUCCCUAGCCAGGCGCCCGCCAUCCUUACGAACGAUGCGCUGCUGCGAUGUGUCACCGUGUUGACGGGUAGGUGGGCCAAGGUGCUGAAGAGCGGGAGAGGCGGACGGGGGAAGGUUCUGUGGCGAAGAGAGGUCUGGAGGGGCUGCGCGGUGUUCGACCGCAUCAUGAGUCCUACAGUAGAGGGGACGAUGAGCAAGGAGCCGGAACCAUCCCAGGGCGCUGCUCAAGGGUUCGCCGUUGACCGUGCCGUGGACGACGAAGAGGAGGACGAAGAGGAUGGGCUUGCGUUUGAGGCCUUCGAGAUGAUGGACGUGAGUGAGACGUAUGGGCUGACUGACAAGAGCACUAUGCAGCAUGCCAUGAUACCGUCGGACAAUUUCCUGAGACUGAUACAGCUCCUGCUAGUGGCCGCACCGCUGGCGCCGCAGGAGAGCCUUGCGAAGUACUCGGCCGCCCAGCUAGAGGAGGACAAGCUUGCUCGGCUGCGAGAAACGGCUGGGAACAUGCUAGCUUCGUUCGGCGGCGUUGAGCAGUCACCCGGCGUGAGAUACAAGACGUUUGAGAGAGUGCUGGCCGCCACCAUGCCUUUCCUUCUAGACAGCAUCCAGCCGCUUUUCGAGCACUUCCUCUUCCCCAAGGACCUUGACAUGCACAAGAGGAAGAAGUCAUUGUCCAACCCGUCGGCGUUGCGGCCUGAAAUUCCCAAAGAACCUUCGAUACCAGAGCCGUUGCUGCCGAAGGAAGGCGACAUCUUGGACCUUCCCAUGCUCCAUCAACUCGCAUCGUUCCUGGGAGGCAGCGCGCUGUACAGGAGGUUGCAGCCUUUGUACUCAGGGAACGUGCACGGUUUUAGCAUGGGCCAGUUCGAAAAAUCCUGUUUCAAGUGGUUAGCGCCGUCGAUAUUGCUCGUGUCGGGAACAUUGUUGUCGCCCAAUGCCCAUAACAGCCGGGAACGCGAGUUUCUCGAGAGUGUGCCGUACAAAAGGUUCUCGCCCUCUACCACCGGCAAGCGACUCGUCUACGGAGCCUAUAUACCCGUGCCAUGGAAGACAAGUCCCAAAGCUGCGUUUGGCACCGCAGAUACGAAGCUCUUCCAGCUGUCACCAAUUCAUGACGUCUUCAGCGCCAACACGCUCGAAAAGUCGUACAUCUACUUCACCAAGUCACCCUCUGCACGCACUGGCGUCGGUUUCGGAUCGCCGCUUCCUUCCCAGUCAAUGACGUCGUCGCAUUAUUCUGCUGACAUGUCUCUGCCUCUUGGACCUGUCUCGCUCCACAUUGACGACACCCUCACCUAUUGCUCCUUCACGCACUCGUCGCAAGGCGGGGGCGCGUUUCACACGUCCACUCUGCCGCAAAGGAAGGGUGCUGACUGGCAAGACCGGUUUGAGAUCGAGGCGCUCGAGGUUUGGGGCUGUGGAGGAACUGAAGAAGCAGAGCAGCAGAGGAAGGCCUGGGCUUGGGAAGAGAAGGAGGCAGAAGCCCGGCGAAGGAUCAACCUGGGCACUGGCGACAUUGAAGCGGACCGAGAGUUGCUGAGAAUGGCCGGACUGAUUGGGGGAGGCGGCAGAGACAGUGGUGGGAGCAUGGCCUGAACCUCUUGCGACAAUCGCCGUAUCUGCGUCUACCUGGUGAGUCAAAGGUGAAGCUGCUGAGAGCGACAGGGUCAAGGUACGAUUUGACGACGUUCCAUGUAUUAUGAUUACGGGUUGUGAUGAUUAUGCGCGGCCAUUAUAUGUACAAUUGAUUUCAUACGCUCUCUUGACGAGAUGCAACGUCAAAAACAUGCGCAUCUUCUAACAUGCCCAAAGACAAACUCCGUCGCAAUGCCUCAGAACUUUUCUGCCGAUCGACUUCUUACUGAGUGACCUGCCAAGGUCCACAGUACCCGCCAACAAUGGUCUGCGGUGGUCCGACGUCCAUGUACUUCUCCUCUCCCGGCAUAGAGAGGAUAGUCACGCCGUCAACGCCCCAGAAAGCGCAGGGAAUGGAACCGUCGUUGUUGAUGCGCACGUGAGAGAUGGACUCCUUGACAUUGGUGGCGAAGUGAGAUUGAUCUGACGGCGCCCAGACGGGGAAUUCGUGGCCGACAGCGUCGAUGAGGGUUAUGGAGACGGAGC